GCUCUGACGUCUUCACCAUUCCCUACACAUACGAAUAAUUAUGGACGACGCGACCACCGAGCUUACCGAGCGUUUUGAGCGCUACUGCGCCACGAAAGAUCAUGAACUUCCUUCUGACGUGCUCACAGAGCUACAGACGAUGAUGCGCCUGUACUCAAUAUCUGCAGAAGAGUUAGACUUCAAAUGGCAGGCAUACAGCAUGAAAAUGGGCGCAGAGGGAGAGAGGAUGGAGCUGAAGUCGGUGCGAGACUUCAAGAAGACCCUCCAAGACACACUGGAACGCGAGAGUCGAGGGAAAGCACAGCAGAGGACUGAGAUCAAGAGGGAGCGCCCAACACCACGAGCGAAGGGCGGCGACAUGUUUGAUAUGAUUGAAGGCCUAGUACCGAACACACCUCGCGCAAACGGCGGCGCAGCGAAGCGCAAGGGCAACUUCGACACACCGAACGGACGAGCGAACAAGGCGCAUCUCAUGAGCUCGCCGGCCGGAGGUCUCACACCGAAGGGCGAUACUUCUGCUGGACCGACAUUUGAUUUCGCUUCCCGUGCGAACGCGAACGAGAUCACCGAGCAGUUCAUGAGCAGCGACAUUGCUCUCCCAGAACCUCCUCUUGAAGCGCCGACCGCGCCACGAAUGAAGCUGAAGGCGAACACAGACAUGUCCAAAUUCUCGUACCGCACAAUGACCAUGAAGCUGUCUGAAGCGUCAGAGGUUCUCGACGACAGGAUAGACGAGUUCCGCCAGCUCAUUCAAGAGUCAAUGGAUUUGGACGACAGCGCUUUUGGGAAUCCGAGCUUGCAAUCGCCAAAUCAGAUCAUCGCAGUCGGACGCAUAGCAAGCGACACAAGUGAGGGGAAGCUCAACACAGCAUCUCUCGUGCUGGAAGGCUCGCGGCGUAUGGGCUCAGGGCAUCGAGUGCCACUGAAGGUCGACAGCCUACCCUCCUACAACUUCUUCCCUGGGCAAAUCGUCGCUCUACGCGGCGUUAACGCCAACGGCGACGUCUUCGUUGUGUCUGAAAUACUCUCCCUUCCACUCCUAAACCCCCCAGCCACGAAUCCUGAAGAACUAGACGCAGUCAGCACACGCUACCUCGACACACCCAACUCCGACCCGGACAACGCCCGUCCACUGACCAUGAUGGUAGCAGCCGGCCCCUACACCACCGACCAAAACCUUGACUUCGCACCCCUCCACACGUUCCUCGACAACGCCGCCACCGCCUACGCAGACACCAUCAUCCUACUCGGCCCCUUCCUCGACGCCGAGCAUCCGCAAAUUCGUACCGGCGACUUUGAUGCGCCCCCCAACGCGCAUCCUGACCAGGCAACCCUCACCGACCUCUUCCGCCACCACAUCUCCACUCCAAUUCAAGCCUUCGCCGCCCGCAACCCCACGUGCAACAUCAUCCUCGUCCCCAGCCUGCGCGACGCCCACCAUCACGCCGCCGCCUUCCCGCAGGACAAGUUCACGAAGCGCGAUCUCGCGCUCGGCGCCGCGGGCAAGAUGGUCCAGUGCGUCACCAACCCCAUGACACUGUCCAUGAACGAGAUCACGGUGGGCAUGAGCUCCGUCGACAUUUUCUCCAUGCUGCGACAAGAGGAGAUCAGCGGGGGCAGCGCGCGAGGCACAAAUUUCUACGAGCGCGGCGCACGGAGUGUGCUCGAGCAGCGCAGUUUCCUGCCCGUGUUUCCGCCGCUGGCUAGGAGCAAGUACAUCAAGCCCGUUGAUGUGCCGGCGAAACUCGUCGCGGGUCAAGAGGGAGAGGAUGUGGACGAACCGUCCCCGUUCCUGCCCAUUGGCACCCCGCUCGACGUGUCGUAUCUCAAGCUCGGCGAGAUGCUGAACGUGCGCCCCGACAUCCUGAUCACGCCGAGUGCGCUGCAGGGCACUGUUAAGGUCGUCGAGUCCGUCAUAGUCAUCAACCCUGGCACACUCGCCAAGCGCCGCGCUGCAGGCACAUACGCGCGCAUCGUCGUCCAGCCGGCGCGCGUCACGGAUGAGGAGAGGCAGCGCGGCGUGGCCGUGGCGCAUAAGCUGUGGGAGCGGAGUAGGGUUGACAUUGUGCGGAUAUAGGUGUAGAUAUAUGAUGACAAUAAUG